UCAAACAAGGCCAGUAUCAGGCAACUAAUCCAGUAUUCUUUCCAGUGGCCUAUAACAUGAACGCCCCUAAAGGUUCACGCUGGACACAUUAUGCCGCGACCACCAUUCCAAGAUUGUACCAUUCGGUUGCAAUGUUGAUUCCAGAUGGAACUAUUUGGGUUGCUGGAAGUAAUCCAAAUAACGCACCCAGUAAUACUGGUUUCAUUACCGAAUACCGCGCAGAAAAAUUUACGCCACCUUAUCUUGAGACCUCCAACCCGCGCAUCACGAUAACAUCUUUCGCAGGUUCGACCGAUAUAAACAAAGCUCCAAUAAGUGUUCAGUACAACGCCAAGUAUGAAAUCGUUUUCACGCUAGCUAAUGGAGCUAAGCCGGGCACAAUCAGUUCAACUUUGAUUCACAAUGGGUUUACGACUCAUUCGCAAACAAUGUCAAUGAGGUCCGUUAAAUUGCAGUUGGAUCCGUUCACCACAAAACCAGAUGGUAGUUAUAGCGUUAAUGUGUGGAUGCCGCCAAAUUCGUUCAUUGUACCGCCCGGCCCACAAUAUGUGUAUCUUUUGAAUGACGGCGUGCCAGGAGUGUUGGGAAUACAUGUUCUGAUCGGAUAG